UUAUGGCCCGCUGUCAAAGUACAAUAAGUACAUUUUCAUGAAAGAAGAGUUGAAUUUAUUGCCGAUUUUGCGAUUUCGCGUGAAAAUCUUCGUAUUUUUGUGAAAAUGUAUUAUUAGUGUUCGUUUUAAGUUCACAUAACAAUGGCUUUUGAGUGCGUUAUUGUGAAAGAAGAGCCGAAUUUGAAGGAGGACGGUGAUAAUGAGGUUUCUUCUGAAACCGCUAGUCAAAAUGGGGCCGAUGCCGAAAAAAAUAUUAUUAAAGUAGAAAUUGAAGUUGAAGCACCGACUGUAAGAAUAAAACCAGAGCCACUCGACCCUCAACCCUCCACUCCCCCUCGUUCUCCAUCAGACCCCUCGUGGCACGCGCCAUGCCAGGAGGGGUCAACCGUCCCAGCUACUGAAGAAGUCACCAAUAUCCUGCCUGAGAAGUACAUACAGGUCUCUAUUAAGGAGGAGGUGGAUUCUGAUGAUUUGCCGGAGGAAGUGCCCCCCGAGGAUCCACCUUCAGAUGACCUGAACAUCGAGAGCUUCAAGAGGAACGAAAAUAAUGAAUUCUACACUAACGCGCCAACCGGACCGGGCUACGUCUGCCAAAUUUGCAAAAAAACGUUCGCAAACCAAGGCAACGUGCAGCGCCAUCUACUCAUACACACGAGAGAAACUCUUAAAUGUGAUCUUUGUGAUGCUGAGUUUCUCAACCAAAUGCGAUUGGACCGACACAAGUUCAACCGACACACCAUACCAACCGCCCGACUGUACCCUUGCGAUGUCUGCCAAAAAUCAUUUAAAUCCUCCUCUAACUUAAUGCAACAUAAAAAGGUUCAUUUAACAGAAAAACCUUACAAAUGUCCUCUAUGUAAUAAAAGCUUUUCGUUCAAAACUAAUUUGAAAAAACAUCAAGGAAAAAGUAGAUGUAAAGUGCAGACGGAUGAGCCCCUUGUAUGCCAUGUUUGUCACAAGAUUUUCGAAAAGGAAUAUCUUUUAAAAUCUCACUUGAGGAAACAUGAUAACGACAGGCCGUUUUCUUGCGAACAAUGCCCUACUACUUUUAAACACAAAAGUACUUUAAUACGACAUAUGCAAUUACAUAAUGGAGUUCGUCCGUUUUCGUGUCCGGUUUGUGAUAAAACUUUUACGAGUUCGGGUCUUUUAAAGCCUCAUAUGCGAGUGCAUACGGGCGAGAAACCUUAUACAUGUCAACUUUGUGACAAAAAUUUCGCUCAUAAGCAUAACAUGCAACGUCAUAUGCUCGGCCAUGAUAAAGUCAAACACACAGUCUGCGAAAUUUGUCAUAAGAAAUUUCCUAGAGAGAGUAGAUUAAAAUAUCAUAUGAAGACGCAUGUUAAUGAGAAGUAUUUCCGUUGUCAUGUAUGUCCUAAGAGAUUUUCUCAUAAACAGAAUGUUUUGAGGCAUUAUACGAGAAAACAUCCGGGGCAGACUUAUACUUGUACCGACACAGACGCUUCGGUCGCUAUGAAGGUUUGGGAUACUUUCAAAAGUAAAUAUGGUGAGGAAGAGGCAGAGGAAAUAUUAGGUUGAAAUAACUAGGUAAUUAAUGCUGUUAAAUUCUUAUGGCCAGUUUCACAAGUCUCUGAGAGCUAUCAGGAAUCUGGCAGAUAAACUAUAACUUUUUGAUUUAUAGGUCAUUCUCUGAGCCUUUUCCCCAACGCGAAAAGGCUCAGAAAAGAGAAACUGGUUUAAUUAUGAACGUUGUUAAAUAUAGCGCCCUCUAGUAGUUUGCUUGUAAAUUAAUGGCUGCGACAUUUUUAAUGAAGUUAAUGUCAUUGCCAGUAGCAUUUUUGUGUUUUUUUUUUUAAUUAGUGAGAAUGAUACUGUUAAGGUACAUUUUGAAUGUUAGCUGCCGACCGCACAUGCCGCGACUGCUUGAAGUCGGCCGUAGCUGCACAACUGGUUUGUAUGUACUUACAUGAAACCGUUUUGUAUCGAAGCGGCAGCAGCACGUGCAGACGCGCUCAGAUCAUCUCCCGAGCCUUUUCCCAACUAUGUUGGUGUCGGCUUCCAGUCUAACCGGAUGCAGCUGAGUACCAGUUGCUGCCAGAUAUCAACUGAUUUUUAUGCAGUCGCUGCAAAUGCGGUCGGCAGUUGCAGUCGGCAGUUAGCUUUCAUAAACGCACCUUUAGUUUUAUUGCCAGUAGCAUUUUUUUUAUUGAUUGUAUAAGUGUGCUGUUAUCGUUGGUUUUUUUUUCAAAGAAACUAUAUUAUAUUGAGGUGUCUUGGCGUAUAUGCUUUUCGUAAAAGUACGCCACCUAUCGGUAGAAAUAAUAAAAUUAUUUAUUUAUUAACGUUUUAAAUGAAUUUGUUUUUAAGUUUUGUAUUAUAUAAACAAUAAAUUAUCUAG